AUGACCGACGAAGAGGCCGUUUAUGUUGGCGAAGAAACGGCGGCCACAAAACCAGCGCCGAAAUGGUAAAUUGUUGCUAUACACAUUUUUCUGAUAAAUUUCAACUUUUCAAAAGUUUCAGGACGGACAACGCCACGUCGCAGAGGGUUAUCAACAAUUUGGAGAAGUUUGUGCUCAAUCAGAACCUCGAUAAAAGCUACAAGAAAAUUGUGAGUAUUUUUCUAAGUUUUUUUGAAAAAAAAAGUUUAAAAAAUUUAAGGCGAACGAAGGCAUUUCGAGCAGUAAACGGACGCUCGAAUCGUUGUUGGCUCGAAACGGCGGACAUCAGAACCGGUGCGGCGGCGAGAUGACGUCGGACCGGCUUAACAACAAAAAUUACACGUUGGACGCGAACGGACGGGUCUGUCUGGUUCGGAAUUCGUCGAAUGAGAUCAGCAGACAUCAGGAGGUGAGCAGAACUUAUUCUGAAAUGCACAAGUUCAAUUAUUCAGCUACUUUGCCUCCAAAAAGACACGCACGAACUGCGGUGUCUGCGCGAAUAUCUUAUGCUCGCCCUGGAGGCAAUUAUGCACAAUCACCGCCAGAUGAUGGUCAAAUAUGUGAAAAAUGUGAACGAACAGCCCGUCAAAAUCUCGCAAGACGCCAUCGACACUGCGCUGGUGAGUUGAUCGGUUUCGGUGUUCGACCCACAAAACAAUUCCGACAAUUUCCAGGCGAAAGCAAACACGCAAAUAGUUCGAAACUUUGCCGAAAUGGCCGUCGCCGUCGACGAAUCGAUCGCCCGCGAAGAGGUUCGGUCGGAAAAUCGGCGGAAAUUGCGAAACGACAUUGAAAUGGAGACGUUUAUCAUGCGGAUGAUGCUCGAGAUGGAGGACAUCCGCGAGGUGAACGUCGACGAACUUGUCAGCCUUUGGAAGUACGAUUUUUACUCGAAAUUGUGCGAAAAUUCAGAAAUCCUCCCGUUUUCCAGAAGCCACGAACGUCCUCCGCCGACCACAAAACUGCCGCCUUCCGAAGUGAAUAAAGCGGCCGGUGAUGCUCCAAAAUAA